UCUUAGUAAUCAUCAUGUUUCGGUAUAAAACAGUCAUUUCCUUGUGUUUCGUGUGGCAAGUAUCAUGGUGUGUCGACCAUAAUUUCCCUCCCAACUUUAAAUUCGGAGCCGCAACAUCGUCAUAUCAAAUAGAAGGAGGCUGGGAUGCUGAUGGUAAAGGUGUAAAUGUGUGGGACAAAGUGGUUCAUAGUAAUCCGGAAAUGUUUUGUGGAAAUGCGACGGGUGACAUCGCUGCCGACUCCUACCACAAAUGGCGCGAGGACGUGAGAAUUGCAGCAGAAUUAGGACUACAGUUUUAUCGAUUUUCCAUAAACUGGGUCCGGAUACUUCCGACUGGUUUUUCGAACGAGAUCAAUAAAGCCGGAGUGAAAUAUUAUAGUGACCUCAUAGAUGCCCUCCUCGCUGAGGGCAUAGAACCAAUUGUAACGUUGUAUCACUGGGAAUUACCAGCGAUAAUUCAAGAUUUGGGUGGAUGGACAAAUCCUUUGAUAGUUGACUGGUUCGGAGACUAUGCGAGGGUCGUGUACUCCUUGUACGCAGAUCGCGUUAACACCUGGAUAACCAUAAAUGAAGUAAUUGUCAUAUGUGAUUACGGAUACUAUAGUGGAAUUUUCGCUCCGAAUAUUAAGGAACCGCUCCUAGCGCCAUAUUUGUGUAAUAAACAUACAAUGCUGGCUCACGCGAAGGCAUAUCGGAUAUACGACACGGAGUUUCGGCCUAAGUACAAUGGUCGAGUAUCCAUCGCAAACCACUUAAUAUGGAUAGAACCUCACUCGGCUAAAGACGAGGAACUUGCCACGCUGGGAAGAGAAUACAUGGUGGGUAGGUUCACUCACGCAAUAUUUUCCAAGAACGGCGGCUGGCCGCCUUCUAUUGAGAAGAUGAUGUUGAAAAACAGUCUAGCACAAGGGUUCAACAGCUUCAGGGUUCUUGCUUUCACUGAUGAGGAGAGGGAAUUUGUCAAAGGAACAGCCGAUUUCUUUGCCAUGAAUCAGUACACCACGUACACGAUCAGACCGGCGAAGAAAGGGGAAGUUACAGAGUAUGUGUUCCUUAAAGCAUUACCAGACCUGAACGCCGUGUUAGAACCACCACCGCAUGCACACUAUGGAGAAUCCAAAAUGAUGCCAAUAUACCCUGAAGGCAUCCGGAGGCAGAUGGUGUGGUUGAAGAAACAAUAUGGUGACAUUGAUAUCUUGAUCACAGAGAACGGCUAUUCCUCAACUGGUCAGCUCGAUGACUAUGAUAGAAUUGACUUCUUGAAAAAAUACUUAGAACAGAUUCUAAUGGCUAUAAAAGUCGAUAAAGUUAAUGUCGUAGGAUACACAGUGUGGUCACUCAUAGACAACUUCGAAUGGCUACAGGGAUAUACAUCAAAGUUUGGUCUCUACGAAGUGGACUUCGAAAAUCCUGAUAAAAAAAGAACGCCUCGAGCAUCUGCACACUUCUACGCGUGCGUAAUCAAGAACCGGUCACUGAACGAUACUUGCCUAAAUUAUGAUUUUGGUUACAAAGUUUAA